CAUACAUACAUUUUCGUAUUCGUGUGCAAUAAUCAAUACAAUACAACGUACAACAAACUGCGUAGAACAGUAUUAAAAAAAAAGAAACGGAAAAAAGACAAAACUGGCUCAAGACUUGCGUUCGUGUGCGUUUUACAUACACAUACAACAUAGAUUUCUGUGCAAGAAGAAAGAAAGUUACUAAUUUGUGGACUAAAAGUGAAGGAAAUAGACCAGAGGACUAACUAUAAAGCCAAUCCACACUGAAAACAAUCGGACUCGAUCCGAUACCGCACAGUUAUGGAACACUUUCAUCAAAUACAGCAAACAAUUCAACACUAUCAGCAGCAACUGGCUGCUCAGCAACAACAACAAGUACAACAGCAACAGUUGCAACAACACCAGGUGCAGGUCGUGCAGCAGAAUCAGCAGCAGGCGCAUCAGAAUAGCUCCAAUACGACAGCCGGCGUGGGCACCCAACAGCUGUUCACAUACAAAAUGGCCAGCAGUUUUCCGAAUCCGGCCACAACGAUGGCCCAAGUGGUGGCCACAUCGAAUGCCGCCGGCACCACGGGCUAUGACUAUCGCCUAAAUAUGGCACAAGCGGCCGCAGCAGCAGCCGUUCCAGGGUCCCAAUGGUGGUACUCGGCCGCCAAUCAGGGCCAGGUCGAUGCCAAUACAGCGGCGCAACUGCAGCACCAGCAGCAGCAACAGCAGCAGCAGCAGCAACAGCAGCAGCAACAGCACCAGCAGCAACAACAGAUGCAACAGCAGCAACAGCAACAGAAUGUCAUCAAUUCGGCAGCGAGCCCAAUGAUCAGAGGUGGCAAGGCCGAUGCCAAGCCCAGAGGCCGAAUGACCGCCUACGCAUACUUUGUACAAACUUGCAGAGAGGAGCACAAAAAGAAGCAUCCCGAUGAGACGGUGAUAUUCGCCGAGUUCUCACGAAAGUGUGCCGAGAGGUGGAAGACAAUGGUCGACAAGGAGAAGAAGCGUUUCCACGAAAUGGCCGAGAAGGACAAGCAGCGAUACGAGGCGGAAAUGCAGAACUAUGUGCCGCCCAAGGGAGCGGUUGUGGGACGCGGCAAGAAGAGGAAACAAAUCAAGGAUCCCAAUGCUCCAAAACGUUCAUUGUCUGCGUUCUUCUGGUUCUGCAAUGACGAAAGAAAUAAGGUGAAGGCACUCAAUCCCGAGUUCGGAGUGGGCGACAUUGCCAAGGAGCUGGGACGAAAGUGGUCGGAUGUGGAUCCCGAGGUCAAGCAGAAGUACGAGUCGAUGGCAGAACGGGACAAGGCUCGAUAUGAACGCGAGAUGACCGAGUACAAGACGAGCGGGAAAAUAGCCAUGUCCGCACCGUCGAUGCAGGCGUCGAUGCAGGCGCAGGCACAGAAAGCCGCGUUACUUGCCGCCGCUGCCCAGCAGCAGCAACACCAGCUGGAAGAGCAGCACGACGACGACGACGGCGAUGGAGAUGAUGACGAGAACCAAUAGGUUUAGCAGUAAAUACUCUUCACUAUUUAUACACACGCGGUCGUUGUCACGAGCGAAGGAGCGAAGGAGAAAUGAACAUGAUAACGUUGGUCGAUCUAUUAUCAGGUUGGCGCCAAUGUGUGUUGAAUAUAUAUUUAUAUAUAUAAGGGUGUUUUCUUUUUAGAGGUUCCGUUUUCCGCUAGCGCUAAAACUAUCACAAUUUGUUCAGUAGUUCAUCUGGCAAUGCUGUAUAAUCAAUUAUAAAAUAUACCAAUUAUAAAUUUUUUUUCAAAAGCAGUCGUGUGAAUCUCGAAUGGACUUUAUUAAACUUACUCCCAUUAAAAAAACAAAGAACGGUGUUAGUGCCUCUUUCAAAAUGAUUUUUCAACCAGCCAAAAGUCCAGCCAAAAAUCCAACUGGCACAGAAAUCUCUUGAACUUUCAAAGUAGGUUUUCAAAUAAAAACAUUGUUCCUAGUGUAUUUCGAAAAAACAACACGAAAUCUCAAGAGAUUCUGUGAAAUUUGUGGAUUUCUCUUAGGCAAGGGCAAAAUCUCUACAGAUUUCUGUGAUUGAAAAACCAAAGCAAAGCACAAAUUGUUUUUUUUUUACCUUUCUUAAUUGUGAAAAUUUUCGAUGGUUAGCGGGUAAUGGAACCUCUAAAAUACACCUAUUAUAUAUAUGUAAAUGCAUAUAUAUAAAUAAUAUAUAAUUUUUUUUUUUUUAACAUAAGUAAUCAAAUUUCCAUGAAUUAUGAAGAUAAAUCACAAAGAAACCUUUUAUAAGUUCUAUGUUAAGAUGAAUACGAUUAAGUAUGGUUAGAUUAAAAGUGACACUCAUCUGUCUGCAAACCUUAUUUGUGCGCUUCAGUGCUAAGUUUCUCUUCUCCUAAAGUAAUAAGAAGAAUUAUUUUAUAAAUUGAAGAUAAAGAGAAAGAAGAAAUUCAUCAUUAUGUCAUUCGUUCGUUCUCAGCAACUAUGAAGAAGGUUACCACUACAUUUAUAAAUAUUGGUACAUAUUUCCCAUUUAUUAAAGUUAGAUUCACCAUAAUGAAACUACAAUUAAUGCGUUCGAGUUUAUGUAUGUCCCCCAGCAAGCGAAAAGAAAGCGAAACAAACUCAAUCAAACGUGAUAAUGUGAAAUACUUAACUCAGUGGCGGGUGAUAUCUCGAUCUAUGUUUAUUUUUUGACUCUCUAAAACACAAAUAUUUAAAAACAUUUUUAAAAAAUUCAUUUCAUAUUUGAAUUACUUCAUUUACCAGUUCAGUUUGCGAUUCUUGAAUUUAGAGAUCCUCGGAGAGAUUUUUGGGUUUGUGUUCAUUUGUAAAUAUAUACAUCAACUAUAAUAUAGCCACCAUCAAGAGAUUUGGAAACUAGAUCUUAGGUUGUUCAACGUUUUGAGAAGGGAGAAAGGAGGGGAAAGGAAAAACGAUAUCGGACAUUGCAACAAUUGUUGACUUGGCCAUGUACAUACUAUUUGAAGUAUUAUUUAGAUGAGACUACGUAGAAAUUAACGAGAAUCGAGAGCAAAUAAAAAAUACAAGCCUAAUAUCUAAUAUUCUAAUAUAGAGUAUAGAGCGUAGAUUUCAGCGGGACUGCAAAGUAAUGUAAAAAUUGCGUAGUAAGUUUGAAGGGCGAAGUGGAAACUAGUUUUUACACGUCGGUCUUGAGAACCAAACCAAACCCCAAUGUUCCAGGCACACAGAAGAAGUGUUUAUGCAGAUAUAAAGGGAGACGUUCCUCCGGCUCUUGUUUUAUAUUGUAUUAUUAUCAAUUGUCAAUCGGUUGGAUGGAUGUUUCUCUUUAUAUCGCAUGUAUAAGCUAAGUAGUGGUUAGAUAUUAUAACGUGAUAAGAGAGGAGCUGAAACUAUGUCUAAGGACGCUGUACCCCUAACUUCGCUCUCCCCACGUUAUGAGUGCGCGACGAUAUGUAUAUGUAUCUGUAUAUCUAUAUCUAUUUUUUUAGCAUCAUUUUUGAUAGAGAAUAACUCGCCACCGAGAUUAUAUUCAUUAAAGUGUUUAGGUUAAACCUUUAAAUCCUAAUUUUCCAAUCGCCACACAUAAUAAAUUACUAUGAAAAUUCCAGUUCCCCUGUGCGCUUUGUUAUAAGAACUAAACUAAAACUAAACUAUUAUAAAAUAAACUUUUAGAAAUGAGAUUCUUUUUUUUACCAUGGAAUGGAAUGAUGUGAUGUGUGUGUUCUUCAAAUCCAUUUGUCUUUUCUAUUAUAAUUUGAAUGAUUAAUGGCUCUUGGUACAUACAUAUUAGAUGACAAACUUUUAUGUUACAAAUAAUAAAAAUCCCUAUAAACAG